CAUCUAGAACCUGCGUAUUUCGCCCUCAAUGCUGGGGAGCAGCACCUUCAAAAACAUGCAGCGCAGGCACACGACGCUAAGGGAGAAGGGCCGCCGCCAGGCCAUUAGAGGUCCCGCCUACAUGUUCAAUGAGAAGGGCACAAGUCUGACACCCGAAGAAGAGAGAUUCCUAGACUCUGCUGAGUAUGGCAACAUCCCAGUGGUCAGGAAGAUGCUGGAAGAGUCCAAGACCCUCAACUUCAACUGUGUGGACUACAUGGGGCAGAACGCACUACAACUGGCUGUGGGCAACGAGCAUCUGGAGGUCACGGAGCUGCUGCUGAAGAAGGAGAACCUGGCGCGGGUGGGGGAUGCGCUGUUGCUGGCCAUCAGCAAGGGCUACGUGCGCAUUGUGGAGGCCAUCCUCAAUCACCCAGCCUUUGCACAGGGCCAGCGCCUGACGCUCAGCCCGCUGGAGCAGGAACUGCGUGACGAUGACUUCUAUGCUUAUGAUGAGGAUGGCACACGCUUCUCCCAUGACAUCACACCCAUCAUCCUGGCGGCACACUGCCAGGAGUAUGAAAUCGUGCACAUCCUUCUGCUCAAGGGCGCCCGUAUCGAGCGUCCCCACGACUACUUCUGCAAGUGCAAUGAAUGCAUGGAGAAGCAGCGGAAGGAUUCCUUCAGUCACUCCCGUUCCCGCAUGAAUGCUUACAAGGGACUGGCAAGUGCUGCCUACCUGUCCCUGUCCAGCGAAGACCCCGUCCUCACCGCACUGGAGCUAAGCAACGAGUUAGCCAGGCUAGCCAACAUUGAAACUGAAUUCAAGAACGAUUACAGGAAAUUAUCUAUGCAGUGCAAGGACUUCGUGGUGGGAGUGCUGGACCUGUGCCGAGACACAGAAGAAGUGGAAGCAAUUUUAAAUGGUGAUGUGAACUUCCAAGUCUGGUCAGAACACCACCGUCCAAGCCUGAGCCGAAUCAAACUCGCCAUUAAAUACGAAGUCAAAAAGUUCGUUGCUCAUCCUAACUGUCAGCAGCAAUUGCUUACCAUGUGGUAUGAAAAUCUCUCAGGCUUACGUCAACAGUCUAUCGCUGUGAAAUUCCUGGCUGUCUUUGGAGUCUCUCUAGGCCUCCCUUUUCUCGCCAUAGCCUAUUGGAUUGCUCCGUGCAGCAAGCUAGGACGAACCCUGAGGAGCCCUUUCAUGAAGUUUGUAGCCCAUGCAGUUUCUUUCACCAUCUUCUUGGGAUUGCUAGUAGUGAAUGCAUCAGACCGCUUUGAAGGGGUGAAAACUUUGCCAAAUGAGACCUUCACAGACUACCCCAAACAGAUCUUCAGAGUGAAAACCACACAGUUCUCCUGGACAGAAAUGCUCAUCAUGAAGUGGGUCUUAGGAAUGAUCUGGUCCGAAUGCAAGGAAAUCUGGGAGGAGGGGCCACGCGAAUAUGUGCUGCACUUGUGGAACUUGCUGGAUUUCGGGAUGCUCUCCAUUUUCGUGGCCUCCUUCACCGCCAGGUUCAUGGCCUUCCUCAAAGCCAGCGAGGCGCAGCUUUACGUGGACCAGCACGUGCAGGAUGCCACGCUGCACAACGUGUCACUUCCUCCAGAAGUGGCCUACUUUACCUACGCCAGGGACAAGUGGUGGCCCUCAGACCCCCAGAUCAUAUCAGAAGGGCUGUACGCCAUUGCUGUCGUGCUGAGCUUCUCUCGGAUCGCGUACAUCCUGCCGGCCAACGAGAGCUUCGGGCCGCUGCAGAUCUCCCUAGGGAGAACUGUGAAAGACAUCUUCAAGUUCAUGGUCAUUUUCAUCAUGGUAUUUGUGGCCUUCAUGAUUGGGAUGUUUAACCUGUACUCCUACUACCGAGGUGCAAAGUACAACCCUGCGUUUACAACGAUGCCUGGCAUUCGUACAACCUCGCCAUUCCCUGCAGGAGACCAGUCCUCUGGCCAGUGCCACCUGCUGCAGUGGGAAAGUCACACAGGUCAUGAGGCAAAACCAGGCCAUGAAUAUCGGUGGGAGGCAGCUCAGGGAAUCUGGAGUGAGAAAAAUCCAUUUGAAAGAGGCAAAGUACAGGACUUAUCCUGUGCUUUGACUGGGACAUCAAAUGUAGGCCUGCCCCCAAAAGAUGAUCACAGCUCUCCAAAGGUGAUCACCAUUCCCCCAAAGGUGACCAGAGCCCCCCAAGAAGGUUAUCACAGUGCCUCAAAUGGAGGUCAAAGUCUCCUGGAAGUUGAUCACAGUCCUCCUAACGGUGACAACAGCUUUCCAAAAGAUGAGCACAGCCCCCAAGGAGAUCACAACUUCUCAAAAGAAUCAUUUCAGUCAGAGAUACCACCAGCAGGGCCAGCCACAUUAGAUAUUUCUGUGCCCCAGGAUAGUCGUGGAAAUUCCCUGCACAAUCAGAAGCUGUCAGAGAUAGUUCCCUUUUGGCCUGGGCCUUGUGCCUCCUGCCACACUCCAAUGGAGUCGCUGGACUCAGCCUUCUCCAGGCCUUCUAACUCCCAGAAGCAGCUGCCUGGCUGCUGUCAGAGACGGAGGCCUAUGAGUGAAGGGUCUGCAUGUGCUCAAAUGCAGGGUGACUUGUUUUGUAGCAACAAUGAGAAUAAACCAUGGAGUGUUUUCAGCUCCAAUCACAGAGUUGUGUUGCAGGGAAACAUGUCUGGCACACAGAGCCCAAUGGGAACAAUGAAAAUCCACCAGUACCUUCACAGGAAAUGGGGCUUCAAGCACCUGCUGAGAGGCUACAGUGCCCAUGGUCAGUGCCUGGUCGAGAAAGGGUUUUACUGGCCACAAGAUCCCUGGACCGACAAGCUAGCAACACCCAAAGUUCACCUCCCGCAGUAUUCCUUACGCCUGGUGCUAUUCUUGGUGUCUCUUCGGUGUUUAUUCAUGCCUCAUUUGCUUAAGGCAUCCAGUCCCUGCAUAACAAGCACAUGCUGGCCAAGCCCUUCCCCAGAGCAGGCAGCCAACAUCAGGCAUAAAAUCAUGAAGCGCCUCAUAAAAAGAUACGUGCUGAAGGCCCAGGUGGACCGAGAGAAUGAUGAAGUCAAUGAAGGGGAGCUGAAAGAAAUCAAGCAGGACAUCUCCAGCCUGCGCUACGAGCUCCUGGAGGAGAAGUCACAGGCCACUGGCGAGCUGGCCGACCUGAUCCAGCAACUGAGCGAGAAAUUCGGGAAAAGCCUGAACAAAGAGCACCUGCGAGUGAACAAGGGCAAGGACAUCUGAGAGCCCUCCAGGGUUAUGACCUCUACCAGCACCCCAGCUGGUGCAUGCUCUGGUGGGGAGGCUCAGUUCCCAGAGGGACCCCCACGGCAGAUCCUGGAGUGGCCCCGCUGACCACAAUGCCCUCCAUGGCAUCUACGACCAGAACUAUUAGGACCUGGGCUCUGGGUAGGAAACACACCCAAGAGAGGGGAGGAAUCUCCCCAUGAUGUGUCUGGCCAAUCUCUGGUCCAGCCGCAGUGACCCCUGCCCCCGGCGUCACUUCAGGAAAAGGCCAUCCUUGAUGUCACACGUGCCCUCCUCAGCACAGGGCCCUGGUGCCCGUCCUGGGCAGACAGACCACCUCAGCCCAUGCCCCUUCCCCACCCCACCCGCACCCCUCAUCCAAACAGAACCAGGAGGGGACCUAUGAUCUAUUCUAAGUGCCAGCUGAGAACACAGAUAGCCUAAUAGCAAACUAGUUCUAUUUGUUUAUCUCAAAAACAAGAGUUUAAAAUUCCUAAAUCAAAAAUUGUA